AUGCGAUCAAGCAUCGCCUGCGCCCGGUGCCGGCGCAGUAAGAUCAAGUGCGUCAAUGCCGGCAUCGACACUACCUGCCGUGCCUGCGAGUCCUCCGGCCGCGAAUGCGUCUAUCCUACCCCGGCGAUUGGCGUAACCGGGAAACGGGAUCUAGCAACUUUAGCAGAAGGAGAGGAUCGGAAUGGUGAUUGGGAUGGUCCGAAACGCUCGCGCCCGCGCAAGUCUAUCGGCAUGUCUGGCGCAUCCCCCGGCUCCAAGGCCGGUCUGGAUGCCUUGGAUUCGUCCAUUCUUACCACCAAGGUCUGGGAGGCCGUCUUUGACCUCUUCCAGUCACAUUUCGCUACCCUUCUACCUUUCCUACACCCUGCGACUUUCCUCGGCCAGAUCCGACUCCUCUCUACACCUCCCGUCCCCCCAUCAGUGGCCCCGUUAGAUGGCCAAGAUGCAGCACAUAACCCGUCCCUCAAGACCGACCCGUCAUCUUCGUUGAUUCCUCUCGGAGUCCUCGCGCUAACGGCUCGUUUCCACCCUCCCCUUGUGGCCUUCCACUCGCCGGCUUCACCCGGCCACGCUUCCAACCCUCUCGCCGCAUCCGAAUUCUAUGCGACAGCUUUGCGCAGCCGGCUGGCCGGCCUGGAUGGCGCAAGCCUCGCAGUGCCCGAUUUGGCUCGGGUACAAGCUUUGUUGAUGCUGGCACUGCACGAGUGGGGGAUGUGCCGGGGAAAGAGCGCCUGGGUAUACGUGGGCAUGGCCAUUCGACUUGCACAAGCUAUGGGGUUGCCGUUCGAAUUGGAGAAUGAAUUCCCCGCGCGCGACGUUUCCCGCUCAUCGCCAGGUUUCAAGACCGAGGCGGAUCAUUUCGGCCUCACCCGCCGUGUGGAGCCCAAGGAACUUACCUCCGACGAUAUCAUUGCACAGGAGACGAAGCGUAGGACAUUCUGGGCUUGCUUCCUACUGGACCGGUGCCUGAGCAGCGGAAAGUAUCGGCCUCGGAUGAUCCGGGUCAAGGAGCUCGGAAUUCAGCUUCCGAGUGACAAUGCUUUUGCUUUCGGCGAGCGUGUAAGAACGGCCCGUUUGAAUGAGCCGACGACACGCCGUCCCCAGAGUUUCGGUGCACAGGGUGUGCAAAUCCCCAGCAUUCGACAGAGCAUUGGCGGGUUUGGUGAUGAGAAGCACCAGAGUGGUAAUGGUACUCCAGACGGCAAGGCCUGGUCACCAAUCUCACGGCGCAAGGAUUCAAGCGAGGACGAUGUGGAUCGCUGGGAGGUCGGUGCUGAAGAGUCAGUGCUCAGCCGAGUGAUUCGCAUCAUCCGAAUCUGGGGAAGCAUUGCCAAGUGGUCCUGUGCUGGCGGUCGACGAACCGAGCAGUACCCGCCCUGGCACCCUGAAUCCCGCUUUGCAUCGCUGCGUAUGCAACUGAACGAGUUCCAGGACAGCCUCUCCCGCAACUUGCAAUAUUCUCUCCGGAAUACGGACACCCACAUCAUGUAUAAGACCACCCUGGCUUCUUAUACUGUGAUGCACGUCGUCUACUUCCUGUCCGUCAUCGUCUUGCAUCGGGCUUAUAUCCCGUUCCUGCCACUCCGUUGCAAUGAGCCUGUCGGCCCACUGGAUGAGCCACUGUUCCCCUCUGAUAAAGUCAGCGGUCCCCCCGAGGCGUUCUGGCGUGAUAGUGCUCGCGAGCUGUUCAAGGCUGCCCGCCAGAUGAUUGACCUCGUGGUUACCUGCCAAGCCCGGGGUGCCCUCGUGGAGAGCCCGCUGGUCGGCUUCGCGAUUUAUAAUGCCGCGUUCAUCGGUGUAUAUGGCACUCACUUCCCUCACAUGGAUCCCGAGGGUCUGCUGGGUGUGCGGUCCCCUCCCCCGAGCCACGACAGCCACCAGCCCGGCGCUGCCCAAGCUCGCAAGGCACUUGAUAUCUUGCGUGAAAUGCGGCCUCGUCUGAAGAUGGCCACCGGCUGGUUCCGCACCCUGAACCGUCUGCACAGCUACUUUUCCAAGGUCAAGCGUGACUUCCGCCGGUACUCGCGCAAUCGUCUGGAUAGCAUGUCUGACGCAUCAGAUCACGGUGCCGCCAAUGGCAUCCGACCUCUGCGUGAGGGUGGAUCCGGUGGCGGUCUUGAAGAGUUCAAACUCCUUGAGAAGCUAUUCCUGGAUUUUGGUACCAUCGAGGACCAGCUGCCAGAGUCGCUCGAUGACGAUGGUACCGCGAUUGCCAUGACUGGCGAGCCUAUGCAUGAGCGCACAAUGAACCUCAGCGACGCCGGUAGCAAUGCUGUCAAGAGCGACGUCGACGGCAGCGAGAUCUUCGACGGUGCUGGUGGCCGUCGUGAGUCGUGGGUCCCCAUCAACAGCCCCGGUCUGCCUCUUCCCGGCCACGAGGGUGACCGUCGUCCCAGCCUGCCACUCCCCAACAGCAGGCCCAUGCCUUCGCAGUCCCCCUAUUCCCUGCCCUCACUGCAGCAACACCACCCAGAUGGACCCAUGUAUACCUCCUCGCCACCCAGCCUGCCCAGCAUCGCGGCAACCACCCAGUCACCCUCGCAAUAUCUCACCGCAACGACCAACCGUCUGCAGCCUAUCAACUCAUGGCUCCCAUCUCGUCCAUCCGUACCUCCUCCUCCAUACUCGCAGUCGUUGCCUCCCAUCAAUGCCUCCGCCCAGAACGGCAUGCCAGUUCUCCCACCCCCGGGCUCUGUCACACAGCUCGCUCCCUCGCCCCCAUUGACUUCCACCGAGGGUCCUGACACUAGUCUGCUUUCCACAAGCCUGGGUGGCGACGAUGUGCUCGCCUUCUUGGAUGGCUGUGAAUGGGCACAAUUGUCGCAGACUGCUCCCUCCGAGGUGGGCAUUCCUGCUGGCUGGUUGAGCACCGUCUGGGCACAGUUCGCUCGGUAG